GCCAUUCUCCUAUUUCUUUCGCUCCCCGCGGAAGGCACGGGGGUGUCCUUCAGAUGUUUUACACAGGGACGACACUCUCCAUAACUGUUCGAAGAAUCUGCUGCAAAGUCCGAAAACCCUAAAUCUGAAAAUUUUGUCUUUGAUUAUCAAGUACUGGUCUGUUUUUAUCCGACUUCAAGCAAACCUGUCGACACAUCCAUGGCCGGAGGCUGGAUUGAUCAGAGCGAUCUAUGGAAGGAAAAGGCCCGGGCACUGCAGAUUCGGAUCAGAGAUCGUUUUCGCAUCGCUGUCGACAAGCAUAGACGUAAAUCGAGGCUAUCAGAUGGUUAUUUCUCGUCAUCGGUUCAACGGUGGGUUCUACGCCUACGCAAUCUUCGCACAGAUUCGAUGCCGGCUUCAUCUCCAUUCUAUCGGAAGCGGGUUAAUAAAGAUUUUGAUGCGGAGGAAGAUUCAUUCAUCAUCCACAUGCUUCGAUCUCUAGCUGUUCCAGUUAUUGGAAACGUUUGUCACGUGUUUAUGCAUGGGCUUAAUCACAUACAGAUAUAUGGGGCAGAAAAACUUCAUCAGGCAUUAUUGCAGAGACCAGAAGGCAAGCCUCUUAUAACGGUAAGCAAUCAUGUGGCUUCUGUAGAUGAUCCAUUUGUCAUUGCUUCUCUGUUGCCACCAAAUGUUUUGUUGGAUGCCCAGAGCUUGAGAUGGACGCUCUGUGCAACUGACCGAUGUUUUACCAACCCUGUGACAUCCACGUUCUUCCGAUGUGUCAAAGUUCUACCAGUUUCUCGUGGUGAUGGGAUUUAUCAAAAGGGGUUGGAUAUGGCCCUUGCAAAGCUAAACAAAGGGGGGUGGGUUCACAUAUUUCCAGAGGGAAGCCGUUCUCGUGAUGGUGGAAGAACCAUGGGGUCUGCCAAGAGAGGAGUCGGAAGAUUGGUCAUGGAUGCAGAUAAUAUCCCCAUGGUUGUCCCCUUUGUGCAUUCAGGGAUGCAAGAAAUCAUGCCAAUUGGAGCAAGUUUCCCACGGAUUGGCAAGACGGUAACGGUACUCAUCGGUGAUCCAAUACAAUUUGAUGAUUUGCUCCUCACAGCGGAUGGUAAGCAACAUGUAUCAAGAGGAACAUUAUAUGAUGCCAUAUCCUCGAGGAUUGGUCACAGGCUCUGUGAGUUGAAAGCCCAAGUUGAUAAGUUAGCCCUUGAACAAUCACUCCAAAUUGAGGAUUACACUUCACAAAAUGCAGAACGUGCAAAUGGAAUUUUACAGCAGGUGGACUGGGAAGCAUUUGGCAUGACUAGUUUCAUAUUUACCGAAGAUGGUUCCUCUUUAAGACCAGAAAUCCCGACUCAACUGAAUCUGAAUGUUGAAGACCAAGCACCUGAAGCCAUUUCGUCUGAUACAUGCUUCAGGAUUGGGUUUUCUUACGGGGGUGGGAUUGUGUCAAGGAUUCGUGGUUAUAUGGACCCAACCGAGCUCAUGGGAUUUGCAGCCAGAGGUUUAUUUAUGAAUAGUGCAAGGCUGAAGGAGAGUCCCUCAAGUGUCCAAGAAGUUGGUCCUUUGAAGGCAUGGAAACAGUUUCUGGAAGCUAACAUAUUCCAACAAUGGAAUUGCAGCUGACUUGAGCUGAGAUGAUCCAGUCUAGGCGAGCGGUGGCUAUAUUAGCCAAUAUGCAAUUCUGUAAAUUCAAAAUUUUGUCGAACUAGCAUGGAAUAGAUUAAUUUUCAAUCAAUUUUCCUUGGCCUUUUAAACA